CUCCAUAAAGUGGUAUCUGAAGAAAGAUAAAUAUGACCAUCUCAACUGCUCAUGCUGAAUAUUUCUCAUUGUAUCGAAGUCAUCUCACAUUCAACUGUCAGCUAUUCUACCACUUGGGCAUUCCCAAGAAGCUUGCACACUUCAACAUCCAGUCAGAAAGCUUCAUAGCUUUGCUUGUCCACAAUGACUUACACCGUCCCCCAAUUUCUCCUCGAUAAAUCCAAUAUUGAGGAGGUGAUUCUCAAAGUGCCCCUCUACUACGAUCUAAAAACCCUCCCCCCACUCCUCAACGAAGUCUACGCCCCCAACCUCACCAUAGAUUACACCUCCCUCCUCGGCGGCACCCCACUCACAAUCUCCUCCCACGACUGGGUGCACAACCAUCUCGCCCCCCUAAUCGAGGUCUACUCCUCCUCUCAGCACGUGACUACCGGUAUUAUCCUUCCCGACCUCCCCCAGCCUGGUCCCGAUUCCUCCAGGCCGACAACAGUAAAGGUGUGUGCACAGGUGGCUGGGAAUUUAGUCCCUAAGGAUGGGAAGGGGCCAAAACUAAUCCAGAACGGGGGGUUGCUGGAGGCCGAGGUGGAGAGGUUUGAGAGUUUGGAACGGGAGGGGGGGAAUGGCUGGCGGAUUACGAGGUAUAAAGUGACAAAGGGGUGGGAUAAUGGUGCUGGGGUGAUGGAUGUUGUGAGGGGGGAGGAGGAGGGUGAUAAUUGA